AUGGCUGAUACUGUCAUCAAGAAAGAGGAGCCACAAGGUGCUGGCAACAUCGAGUUAAAGAACAACACGGUCAUCGUUGUUCUGGGCGCCUCUGGUGAUCUGGCCAAGAAGAAGACUUUUCCAGCUCUCUUUGGAUUGUACCGAAACCAAUUCCUCCCCAAAGACAUCAGAAUCGUCGGAUAUGCCAGGACGAAGAUGGACAAUGAGGAGUACCUCAAGCGUGUCAAGUCAUACAUCAAGACCCCAACAAAGGAUAUUGAGCAGCAAUUGCAGGAGUUCACCAAAAUCUGCACAUAUAUCUCGGGGCAAUAUGAUGAGGACGAGUCGUUUGUCAACUUAAGGAAACAUCUCGAGGAGCUGGAGAAGGGCCGGAAAGAGCAGAACCGCGUGUUCUACAUGGCCCUCCCCCCAAGUGUCUUCACCACCGUCUCGCAGCACUUGAAGAAAAACUGCUACCCCCAGAGCGGCAUUGCCAGAAUCAUUGUCGAGAAGCCAUUCGGAAAGGAUCUUGGCAGCUCCAGGGAGCUCCAAAAGGCAUUGGAGCCGAACUGGAAGGAGGAGGAGAUCUUCCGUAUUGAUCAUUACCUCGGAAAGGAAAUGGUCAAGAACAUCUUGAUCUUGCGAUUUGGCAACGAGUUCUUUGGCGCAACCUGGAACCGGAACCACAUCGAUAAUGUGCAGAUCUCCUUCAAGGAGCCGUUCGGCACCGAGGGACGUGGCGGCUACUUCGACGAGUUUGGCAUCAUCCGCGAUGUCAUGCAGAACCACUUGCUUCAAGUUCUCACCUUACUGGCUAUGGAGAGGCCAAUCUCGUUCUCAGCUGAGGACAUCAGAGAUGAGAAGGUCCGCGUAUUAAGAGGAAUCCCAGCCAUCGAGCCGAAGAACGUUAUCAUCGGCCAGUACGGCAAGUCCCUGGACGGAAACAAGCCCUCCUACAAGGAAGAUGACACAGUCCCCAAGGACUCCAGGUGUCCAACCUUCUGCGCCAUGGUGGCAUACAUCAAGAACGAGCGAUGGGACGGCGUACCCUUCAUCCUCAAGGCUGGAAAGGCCCUGAACGAGCAGAAGACGGAGAUCAGAAUCCAGUUCAAGGACGUCACAUCCGGCAUCUUCAAGGACAUCCCCCGCAACGAGCUCGUCAUGCGCAUCCAGCCCAACGAGAGCGUGUACAUCAAGAUGAACUCCAAGCUCCCUGGUCUGAGCAUGCAGACGGUCGUGACAGAGCUGGAUCUCACCUACCGUCGCCGAUUCUCUGACCUGAAGAUCCCAGAGGCCUACGAGUCGCUGAUCCUCGAUUCCAUGAAGGGCGAUCACUCUAACUUUGUUCGUGACGAUGAGCUCGAUGCCAGCUGGAGGGUCUUCACCCCGCUCCUCCACUAUCUCGAUGAUAACAAGGAGAUCAUCCCCAUGGAAUACCCAUAUGGCUCCCGCGGCCCCGCCGUCCUCGACGACUUCACCUCCUCCUACGGCUACAAGUUCAGCGAUGCCGCAGGCUACCAAUGGCCCACCACCUCCACCCAGCCAAACAAGCUAUAAACCCCUCCUAAACCCACGAACAAACCGCAGGCAGCGACACAAAUGGUGGCGGGACAAAGGCAGACGGGCGCAUGAACCUGCUCAGCGAGCUGCUCGAGCCACAGUAACCAGCGAAACCUCACCUCCUUCUCGCCACCAGCCAGCCAAUCUUUACAUGCGUUUCUUAUCGGUCGGAGUCGGUACUGUUUGGUGCGGGUGCGGGGCACCCCCCCUUCUCCAGGUCCCUGCGGCGGGUAGAUGCGCUGGCGGGGCUGCAAUUGCGUAGAAAGGAAUGGGGUUGGUUGAUAGAAGAAGCGCGGAGGGGAAUCGGUAGCAGAUUACUCGGACGGCGGAGGACGGGCUGGGGCCGGAGGGGGGUGCUGACGCGGUGUUAUUUAUACAUUCAAUGAUACAUGUUUUCCAUGGCCC